AUGGCUUUUCCUCAGAAGAAUCCACAAUCCUCACCUGAUAAACUCCCUCAGGCCCACGGUGAGACCCAGGGCCUGGCGGUUGCACAGGAGUCCAAGGCUCUGGAGGAGGCCUGUCUCUCCUCCCAUCCUGAAAUGCCUGGUAAUCUAAAGGAGGCUCCUGAUGAUGCUAUCCCCGGUACCUCUCAGAGUGCUCAGAGUUCCUCCUCCUCAAUUGGCACCACAGUCUCAUCAUCAAGAAAAUAUGAUGAGGGCUCCAGUAGCGAAGAGGAGGAGGAUAGCACCGUAGAGGCAGAUGCAGACCUCAAGAAUGUGCCCGUAGAUGCUGAAGAUGAAAAUGUGACUUCGUUGGUGAAUUUGCUCCUGCUCAAGUAUCAAACGAAAGAGAUAAUAACCAAAGAAGAUAUGUUGCAGGUUAUCAGCCAAGAAUAUCAAGACCACUUCGCUGAGAUAUUCCUGAGAGCAUCUGAACGCCUGGAGAUAAUCUUUGGCCUUGAUGUGAAGGAAGUGGAUCCCACCAACCACCACUAUGCCAUCUGCAUCAAACUGGGCCUCACCUAGGGUGGGAUGCAGCAUGGUAAAGUCGGUGUGCCUAAGACUGGCAUCCUGAUUCUUAUCCUGUCUGUGAUCUUCAUGAAGGGCAACCGUGCCACUGAAGAAGCCAUCUGGGAUGUUCUGAAGGUGACCGGAGUGUAUUCUGGGAGGAAGCACCACAUAACAGUGAUCCUGCAAAAUUUGAAUUUCUGUGGGGCCCAAGAGCCCGUGCUGAAACCACCAAGAUGCAAGUCCUAG